AUGCCUAAAACUCUCGAUUCAAACCGUCUUCGAUCAUGUGCAAAACUUAGAUACACGAGUCCUCAAUCGAAUCUUAGAAUUCUGGGAUCCCCAAAAUCGUACAUCUUCGGCCUGCCAAAUUUGACUGCAACAUCUGGACGUCGGAAGCCUGGCCCGUGGUCUUACUCACAAUGUAGCACUACUUCCCCAACGAGCAUACAAAAGUCGGGCUCAACCAUAGAUGCACUUCGUCGGAUUUCGGUCUCCUCGCCCACCCAGCACCACCGUCAGCUUUUGCGCAUGGCUCCUCGUCCUCGCCAAACAGCCAACGAUGGUGCCGAAACCGUUCUUCUCGAAGACAUAACGAAACAGACGGAACGGUCAUUUUUUACAUCUGUGCGCCAUCGGGACGCGGUCCACUUGAGGAAGCCAUCUGUUGGAACCCGUCUCAGUACUAUGCGUACUCUUGUGGAGGUAGACUCGUCGCUAGCAACGGAUCGAAUCCCUGUUGUUAUUGAACCGUACUCCAGUCGGUAUACAACUCAUAUGGCAGCGAACGAAGACAUAUCGAUGGAUUAUUCUGCGGGUGACCUAGACGGUUAUGUAUUCGAUAACCCUGUUCUUUCUGGUGAACUUCAUGAAAACCAGGAAAUCUGCAUUGAAGACCUUGAUUUCCAUUCUCGUAAUGAAUUGCUUCAUUGGCAUACAAAUCAUGUCGACGACUAUCUUCAGGAGCUACUUCGCCUGGAAGAUCCAAGUUUGUUGGCCCAUCAAUCCUGUCGUUGUGGUACAAUCUUCGACACCACCCAGAAUCAAGCCUAUAGAUGUGUCCAGUGUCAUGAUUGUGCCCUGUACUGCAAAGAGUGUAUCAUCAUUGGUCACGAGAAGAAUCCAUUUCACAUAGUACAGGUCAAAAACGGACUGUUCUUCGAAUCAACACAACUAGGCCAUCUCGGGCUCGUCAUUCACUUAGGAAAUCACUCGCGGUCGAAUCCUUGUGCCCAUGCUAUACAUCAUCCUGUGAAGUCUUUUACAGUCAUUGGUAUCCAGAAUAUACAAACUGCUUUGCUGAAGUUCUGUGCAUGCAAAGGAGGUAUAGAUGUUGAUCGUCACCAACUCCUCCGUGCUCGUCUAUUUCCCGCUACGUCGACAAAUCCACAGACAGCGGCAACAUUUGAUUUCCUCAACUUUUUCCACAUCCUUUCAUUUAUGUCAAAGGUAUCUAUGUCAGAAUACUAUCAAACGUUGGAACGAGUAACUGAUAAUACCGGCAAAACCAUCCCCCCGAAUCGAAUGAGAGAGGCUCUCAGGCUAAUACGCGAAUGGCGUUUUCUAAUGUUGUUAAAAAGGAGCGGUCAAGGUCAUAAAACUGGAGGCGCCAUGGAUAUGAAGCCGGGCGAUCUGGUUACUCGAUGUUUACCUUGUCCGCAUCCGGGAAUCAAUCUUGAAACCGCUGGUAUGGAUGCUUCAAAGGUAUGGCUGGCUAAGAGAUUUCAGGGUCUCGAUGCCAACUUUCGCUGUACCCGGAUCAAUGUUUCAAGCGAGGCCAAAGAUCCUAGUCUCAAUGGUGGAAACGCAUUCUUUUGCAAUGACCGAGCUUUUCAAACCCACCUGGCGCGUAUGUCGGGUAAAUGGCCUAUUGAGACCUCGGACUGCAAUGAUCACGAUGCUAUCAAACUUGCUAACAAACGCGGCACCAAGAAUCUCGCGGUCACUGGGAUCGCAAUGGCAAGUUGUACCCGUCAUGAAUGUAUAUUCCCUCAGUCUGUGGCUGAUUUGCGUCUGGGAGAAGAGUACAUCAUUAUGGACUACGUGAACAUCAAGUCUUUGCAGGUCAAUACGCCUCCACUACUCACUCUCUCCUAUGACGUAAUGUGCCAGUAUAGCAAAAAAUUUGAAAAACGGAUACUAUCGUAUGGCGACUCCCUCCAACUACCGGGGUCUCUCUCGGUUUCUAACAUGCAGCUUCUCAUCCCAAAAUUUCAUCUCAUGGGUCAUCAAGACUCUUGUCGCCAGAAAUUUGCGUUCAACUAUGCGAAAGGAACUGGGAAAACAGAUGGGGAGUCUGUUGAAAGGGUUUGGGCUGAGACAAAUACUUUGGCAGGCAGUACCAAGAGGAUGGGACCUGGUUCCAGGAGAGACACACUCGACGAUCACUGGAACGACUGGAAUUGGAGGAAAUCGAUCACACUCUCAACUAGGCUAUAUAAACGUGCUACCAACGCCAUUGAAGAGCGUAUUUUAUAUGUCCUAGCUUACGAAGACUUAUGUGGCAGCUUAAAUUCAGAUGAUGUGGCCACCUGGCGUCAAGAUAUUGCUACAUGGGAUGCAGAUCACUCUGCAAAGAACCCAUAUGAGUCUUCAGUUCGUCCUUUGAAGUUGGCCAACAUCCGGCUACAACUGGCCAAAGAGGACGCAAUCCUUUCGCGAGGGGAUCAUCCAUUUGCUCAACAGGGUCUUAUGAAGCAAAUGACACCUACGACGUUGAUUGUACAGGGUCUUGAUCUAGAGGAACAACAACGACGUUUAAUUUAUGACCACGGGCAAUUGGGGAAACACCCGACAUCGCUCCAGCUUGCAAAGGUGGUCGAACGUGCGACAAAUCUUCGUAGUCGCAUUGAAGCCUGGAUCGUUGUCCAGGCUCUGUAUAUGCCUGUGACUACCGUGUUGAGAGUGGAGUCUGAGAACCGCCCACGCUCAGUUUCUGCCAGAGAUAUUCAGUUAUUCUUUCCUAGUGCUGUCUUCGAUGCGGGUAGGACAUGCGAUGCAAGACUGAUCAACACCGAGUGGAGGCUUCGUUUUGCCGCAGCUCACGACGAACUUGAGAAGAUCAGAAAGUACUUGAUAUCUCGUACUUGCGUUAUCAACUAUAAGCGCAAAUAUGGACAUGGUAACGCGAGGAUUGCUGCGUGCGCUGCGAGGUACAAUUUACACUAUGCUAUGAUUGCAAGGUAUAGUGAAACAUUGGGCAAGAGUGACACUUGGAAGGAUACGCUUCGUCCAUUGAAAGACACUGAUCUAAGAGACUUGGAUGGGUCUGUCAAGGAUUGUGUCGAUGGCAUGGCAGUGUCUUGGGUUUGGCUUUCUACUCCGAAGGAUGUUGCCAGUGAUGAUCACGUCAAUGAUUCGUUGCGUAUUGCUUUCAGCAAGGCUCGCGCUAAGGCGGUGAGAUCCCAAGAGGAGUGUGUUCUGAUUCAGGAAGAAAUGCGACGUUCUUUGAAAGCGUUAGAAUAUGAAGCUGUGGAAUGGGAGCGUCGUGCAACGGUAAGGGUUCCUGUAGACCCGAAGAAUGAAGUGGCAGCAGGGAGACGCGCGUAUGCCUACCGUCAAGCUCAUAUUCGCCGCCAGUUAGCGGAUAUCUGUGCGCAGAAGUGGGAAGGGUUGGACAUUAAGCUUGCAGCAGGCCCAGGUGGAAUAUCGCUUAAUGAUGCUAAAUUAUC